GGGUCCAUCAUGUGUGUAUGGCCCGCGCCUCAGUGUUAAAGAGGAUGUCACAAACAUCAACUGAGCCCUUGCUGUCUGCCAGCCCCUAGGGAUAUGGGAAAGAUGCCCUGCUUUUGGGGGAUGACUUCACCAAAUUCAGUGCCCGCCUGUGCCCACCUUUCUGAAGGUGGCCUGCUGCCCUAUCCCAUGAGGAUAGGCUUCGGGAAAGCUGUGAAGAACUUGACUGAGGUCCAGCUUCGUGGCACAGGCCGGUACUUCCGUACUGUGGGAGGCUGAGACAGGAAGAUGGCAAGUUGAAGCCUAACCUGGGCACCCUAACGAGACCUUGUCUCAAAAGAGUAGGGGAUGUAGCUCAGUGUGAAGGCCCUGGGUUCAUCUCCAGUAUCAGGAUGGGAGGUCCCCAACUAGUGCCUUGGUGUAGUGAGACCACCAGGACUAAUGCUCUGGCUGGAGGCCUCGGGUGCUUUAUGGAGCCCCCCUGAGGUUGCAACUCAAGGUGUGGCACACAUACACUAGCAGCCACACGUUAAAUACAAGGGCCUGCAUCCAGUGGACGCCCCAUAAAGGCUGCCACUUUGCACUUCAGAGCAAGCCGUUGUGCUGGGCUCGCCGGUCCCGGGAAUCUGGAUUGCGGUGAGCGUGCGCUGCUUUCCGCUGAGGUUCCGCCCUUAUGCUCUGGUCCCGCGCCUACGCGUUGGCGUCCGAGGGCGUGGCGGCAGCAUGGCGCUGGAAGCUAUAUGCUACGAGCCCGGCUCCCUGCGGGUGCUCGACCAGCUGCUUCUCCCGCAGCAGAGCCGCUACGAGGCAGUGGGCUCGGUACAGCAGGCCUGGGAGGCCAUCCGCGCCAUGAAGGUGCGUGGCGCACCCGCUAUUGCGCUCGUGGGCUGCCUCAGUCUCGCCGUGGAGCUGCGCACCGGCGCCGGGGGCCCGGGCCCCGCUGAGCUCGCGGCCUUCGUGCGCGACCGGCUGAACCUCCUGGUCACCGCGCGGCCCACCGCCGUCAAUAUGGCCCGGGCCGCCCGCGACCUGGGGGACGCCGUGGCCCGAGAGGCAGCACGCGACGGUGCCACGGAGGAGGCGGUGCGGGAGAGAGUGAUUCGAUAUGCUGAGGACAUGCUGGAGAAGGACCUCAGGGACAACCGCAGCAUCGGGGACCUGGGAGCCCACCACCUCCUGGAGCAAGCAGCCCCCAAGGGUGGCAAGGUGACCGUGCUGACCCACUGCAACACUGGUGCACUGGCCACUGCUGGCUACGGCACAGCCUUGGGUGUGAUCCGCUCCCUGCACCAGCUGGGCCGCCUAGAGCACACCUUCUGCACGGAGACCCGGCCCUACAACCAGGGUGCACGGCUGACAGCCUUUGAGCUGGUAUACGAGGGCAUCCCUGCUACGCUCAUCGCCGACAGCAUGGCAGCUGCUGCCAUGGCCCACAGGGGCGUGUCAGCUGUCGUCGUGGGAGCUGACCGCGUGGUCGCCAACGGAGACACUGCCAACAAAGUGGGCACCUACCAGUUGGCCAUCGCCGCCAAGCACCAUAGCAUCCCCUUCUAUGUGGCCGCCCCCAGCUCCUCCUGUGACCUCCGCCUGAAGACUGGCCAGGACAUCGUCAUCGAGGAGCGGCCAAGCCAUGAGCUCACCGAUGUGAACGGAGUCAGGAUUGCAGCACCUGGGAUUGGAGUUUGGAAUCCUGCCUUCGAUAUUACCCCACAUGACCUCAUCACCGGUGGCAUCAUCACAGAGCUGGGUGUCUUUGCCCCCGAGGAGCUCCGAGCAGCCCUGAGCACCAGCCAGUCGGGGGCAGGCACCUAGGUAGAGCCAAGCCAUCCCCUCCACCCGCCUCUGUCUCCCAGGUUUCCUAAUAAGAGUGGUGUAGCUAAAAUCUGACCUUCCUCCCCCAGCCACAUUUGAUCCUGAGCAGGAAGAGUAGACAGGGCCUUGCAUGGCUCAUAAGGGCCUAAUAGGCCAGACAUGUUGGCACACACCUGUCAUCCCAACACUCAGGAGGCUGAGGCAGGAGGAUCACUAUGAGUUUGAGGCCAGACUGGGCUACAUAGUGAGACCCUCUCUCAAACACACACACACACACACACACCCACACACACACCCCAAAGCUGCCCAGGUUCAAAUCCCAGCUCUACCUGUUUCUUCCCUGUGUGAUCUCGGCAAGUCACUUCACCUCUCUGUGCCUUAGUUUCCUCAUGGAUAAAAUGGGGAUAAAGCCAAGUGUGGAGGCACACAUUUGUAAUCCCAGCACUCGGGAGGCUGAGGCAGGAGAAUCAAUGUGAGUUCAAAGCCAGCCUGGGCUACAUAGUGACUUCAAGUCCAGCAUAGACUACAAAGUGAGACCUUGUCUCAGAAAUAAAGAUAAUAUUUUAAUGAGG